GCCCUCCGCCCCGCCCCUCCCCUCUCCUCCUCCUCCAAUCUGUCCCACUUAAAGCGAUUCCAGCGCAUGAAGGGACGCGUUCCCACGGCGGCGGGUGGCAACAUGGCGACAGAGUUCCACAAUCUGCAGGAGUUGAGGCACAGUGCGUCUCUGGCUAAUAAAGUCUUCAUCCAGAGAGACUACAGCGAAGGGACCACCUGCAGGUUUCAGACCAAGUUCCCCUCCGAGCUGGAGAGCAGGAUUGAGCGGACGCUGUUUGAAGACACUGUGAAGACGUUGAACAACUACUAUGCAGAGGCAGAAAAGAUAGGAGGCCAGUCCUACCUUGAGGGCUGUCUGGCCUGCGCCACAGCGUACCUCAUCUUCCUCUGCAUGGAGACGCGCUACGAGAAGGUGCUGAAGAAGAUCGCCAAGUACAUACAGGAGCAGAAUGAGAAGGUCUACGCUCCCAGAGGGCUGCUGGUCACAGAUCCCAUAGACCGGGGAAUGCGUGUUAUAGAGAUUUCCAUCUACGAGGACCGGGGCUCCAGCGGCUCCAGCUCGGGAAGCAGCUCCGUGUCCGGCAGCACCGCGCGAUGACUCCCUACUUCCUAACGGCCGGAACCUCCCCGAUCACCUCCAGCCCCGGAGAACUUCGGACAACAAUGUUACUCUUGUUCCCACAAUUUGCCCGCACAUCCCAAAACUACGCUCGCACGAAGGACUCACCAGCUCUUGGCGCGUUGCAACGGACGUGCCGUCACAUGCUGCAGGUGUCCGACCUACAACACAUGCUGCAGUAGUUUGUCUGCACGGUACACGGACGCGUUACUGUACGACGCAACGUCUCGGUAAAAAGAAAAAAUAACCAUUUUGCUGCUGUGAUCGUACCAUUACCUUCCUUGGUGUUUUUGUCAAAUUUACCGCCGCUAUGUUUAAUCGGGUGGGUGACAAGGAAGGAAGGAAGGAAGGAAGGGAGUGUCGACCACAAGCCUCAUGGAACCUCGUACCUCAGCUGCAUCACGACGGACCGAAUUGGACUGAACCUUUUGCAAAUGUAAGGAGGACGUAGAAGCAUCUGAAGGCAUCACAACGUUUCACCAAACCUAAAAACUGAACAACUCUUUGACCUCUGAUGUAAAUCAUGCUGUCUGGUAGCAGAUGAAUGUCAUUCAAUCCAACUGUGUAUUUUAUGUGGCAGAUCUUUUUGUUUUUAGACACACAAACAUAUCUAAGUACUAACCUCUUGUGAAGGAGUGAGACCUACGAUUGGUAAAUUUUAGAUUAUGCAAAGACGUACUGUGCAUUGAAUGCAGUAGUAAGUAGACAAAGAACGGAUCAAAAAGUCUUCCUGGAUCUUACCUGUCGUGUUUUAAAAUACACCCACACCUCCUUGAUUUCUGAACAAGCUUCCAAAGAACAAUAACAGCCAAAAACUGGUUAACAAUUGAGAAUGUGUCAUUUGUUUUGGGGACAUUUUGUGCAAGAGAAUAACUUUUGUACUGCUUGUUGGUUGAUACACAUGGCUUUGAGCUAUAUAUGACUGCCGUCAAAUAAAUACUGUUCCAUCACGCGUG